UGACUUUUUCAGAAUAGUGUAAGUAUUCAGUCAUACGAGACAGUAGAGUACUACAUAAAUUGGACAGGAAGAUUUUCUGUAAAAGAUGCUGUUCGUUUACCAAAUAUUUCUGUGGAUUGGUGAUAUACUGCUUAACCCCAAGAACUAUUGUUUAAAACCUUUGAAAUCUAUGUAUACUGUACAUUUACACUCGAGUAGACAUGCCAGGGGGAUGCAACUUUACAUAAAAAAUAUUAGUUAAAGUUAUUGAGUAUAUUAAACAACAAUACAUCAUAUCAUUAAACAUACGUUUGUUUCAAUAAGAGUUUCAUUUAUUAUUUAUGAUGGGUCUAAGAUAUCCACGCAUACUAGGAAAACAAAUUCUUAAAUUAAUUUUUCUGAUUUUGUUGUUCAUUUGUGGAGUACAAUUUACACGAUAUGACAGAAACAAAUCAAGAGAAAUAAGUGCGCAGAAAGAUUUUGAUCAUCGUAGCGUACGGAAGGAUUUAAACUCAAAUAAAUCAUCUCGUAAUAUAAGGAAGUACAUCAAACUAACCAAAUUAGCUAAAUCAAAUAUACAUCGUGCUUUCGGAGGACUAGACAGUAAUGGUAGUCCUAUAAUAGACAGAAAAUUCAAGUACGACCGUGCUAAACAAUUGGAUUACAUACCUAGUGUGUUUGAAGCUGUAAAUCAUCACGAAGUACCAUAUAUUUCAGAAAAUAUUACGAAAAUGUUCCUUGUAUUGCCAAACAUCAAAUAUGAAGAAAAAGUAGCAAUUUUGACACCUGUACGUAACGCAGUACGCGCAUUAAAGCGAUUUGGUGAGCAAGUUGGGAAACUGACAUAUCCCCACGAAUUGAUGUCGUUGUAUUUCGGGGAGGAUGGAAGUAUAGACAACACAAUUGAAAUAGCAAAUAUUACUGCGCAUCAACUUGAAACACAACGGAAGUUUCACACGGCUGAUGUUGUGAGGCUCAACAUUUCAGGUGGAUUCCAUGGAAGUGAUUAUGUAAGGCACAAGCCAGAGGUUCAGCGAACUAGGAGAGCACAUAUGGCUUUGGCAAGAAAUCGUCUACUUCGCUUUGCUCAAGAUCAAAACAAAUUUGACCAUAUUCUAUGGAUUGAUAGCGACGUUGCAGAACUUCCGGCUGACCUCGUGCAACAAAUGCUUUUCACGAACUCUGAUGUUGUUGCAACAUGUUGUUUGACAAAAACUCGUGGACAUAAAAUGAAAUAUGAUAUGAAUUCUUGGAGAGAGACAAACAAUUCAAUAAAUAAACUGUCUAAGCUCGAACCAGAUUAUCUGGUACUAGAAGGUUAUAGGAAAUCCCUUAGAAUUUAUCUUCCAGAUCUUAAAAGUGAAGGCCGUGUUGUUCCUUUGGACGGGGUAGGUGGUUGUGCACUUAUGGUCAAAGCCAAAUGUCACCGAAGUGGUUUGCAGUUUCCGGAAGUUGUCUACAAACAUCAUAUUGAAACAGAAGGUCUUGCAAAAAUGGCGCGUGAUAUGGGAUAUAGUGUUGUAGGUCUUCCCUUCGUAGAAGUUUUUCAUGAAGUUUAAAAACAAUAACAUCAGUUUAUAAUAUUAAGAACGGAUAAAGUUUUAACACCCGAAAAUGUUGCCCUCAAUUAAGGUUGUGCUACUUUGACUUAAGUGUGAUUUUACAUUAGUAUCUUUUCAUAUCGAACUAUCUUUCGACCAUUUUAUCAGUUUUAUCGAUGAGUUUAUCGUGAGAUCCGAUCUGGCGAAAUCCACUUGAGUCCAAUACAGCAUCCCAGAUCGCACAACUAUUAUAAAACCCCUAUUACCUUGUAUUAAAGAACUAAUAUUCAACAAA